AUGAAGCAUUUUGCUUCCUACGGGCCCCGACCAGAGUGGAAGCUUGACAUCAAGGCUGUCCCCACACUUCUCCAGGUCGAAUCCACUAUUCGAUCGCUCCAGAAGAACAAAGCUGCUGGCGCUGAUUCUGUCACAUCGGAAUUGCUACGUGCUCAUGCUCCUGCGACUUCCCGGCAGCUACUGCCGGUACUUGCCAAGGCUUCCCUUCGAGCACUUGAACCCGUAGCCUUCCGUGGCGGCGAGCUGUUCCUACUGGCAAAAAAAGGUAUGGACCUUAUCUCCCUAGUGGCCAAGACUUUCUUUGUUCACGCCAAUGUUCAGCAUCAAGCCGCCGCACUGGUCUUUUUUGACCUGAAGGCCGCCUGCUAUCAGGUCUUGAGACAAGCCUUGGUCGAGACCUGUGAUAGCGAUGCAUCCCUGCUUCGCCUCUUCCAUGCCUUGAACAUCCCACCGGCGGCAAUUUGCGAAUUGAAGGAACACUUAGCCAAGGCAUCCCUUCUUGUUGAGGCACAGGUAUCAGCACACACACGUGCCCUGGUGACGGACCUCUUUGAGGGCACCUACUUUCGCCUCUCCACCAGUGCCGAUCUUACGCUCACUGGCAGAGGAUCCCGCCCAGGAGAUCCCAUGGCUGAUAUCCUGUUUGCCUUUACACUUUCGGCCUUUGUCAAAAGUUCUCAGGUCGAGCUUGGACGACGAGGACUGCUGGCUGAUUGGCCAAUGCAGAGCACUCGACCAGAUUUUAUUGCCUUUGAUGGGCCUGUCUUCCUCUCCUGUCCUGCUUGGGCUGAUGACUUCUUCCUCCCGCAGUCCAGCCACACCUUUGCCGGCCUGGUGCAACAUGUUGUCGCCUCGGUUGAAGUGCUGCAAGCCCGUGCUACUGCAGCCGGUAUGACUGUCAAGUAUGGGGAGGAUAAGACUGCCGUGCUUUUCCCAGCAGAGCUUCUGGCCCGACACAGCUCCUUGCUGGACACAGCUGAAGGUGGUUUAGGCUUGUACAUCAGAGACAGUCAGGCAGGUCGGCACUUUUUGCCUGCAGUGCAAGCCUACAAGCACCUUGGGGGCAUCUUGACCUCCGAUGCCAACCCGAUGCCUGACUUACACCUGCGUUUCGCUCAUGCAAUGGGGGUGCUGCGUCCGCUCCGAAAGCGCUUGUUUGGGGCUCUGCGCUUUGAUCUUGCUGUUCGUCGCAAUCUCUUGCGCUCCUUGGCAGUCUCCCGUUAUGUGCACUCGGCAUCCUCGCUCAUUUUCCCGGCGCCUUCCCCUCCUCUUGCACUUGCUAAGGACCUCGUGAGCUUCUUGCCUUUCUAUGGGACCACUGGUCUUGUGCCCCAAGGCGCGAUGCGGUUGUUGAGUCCCUCCUUGAAGCCUUUCAUGAUA